AUGCUCGAAGAGACCGAAAGACAAUGGGAGGAGGUGGAUCCUUUUCAGUUGGUGGUCCUGGAAAAGAGAUGUACUCUCAUCUCUAGUUUUGAUUUUGUAUCUAAAGUUGUUGAUAUAGCCGUGAAAGAACUCAUUGCAGUUGCCACCAACAGAGAAAGGGCUACAAAAGGUGCUGGUGUUAGUGAUGAAAGACAAGGUUCAGAUUCAAAAAGUGUUGUAGAGCUAACAAAUGGUUCUUCAAAGGAUAUCCCUCACAUUUUCCCAAAUUACCCCUUCCUCUACAAUGUUUUUUUGUUUUCUGUGUAUUUUGUGCAUCAGGUAAAGUUGAUGGAAGAAAGGAAUAUGAAGCCACUUGAUUCAAAUCUUGCAGCAUUAUCAGCAAGAUGCAAUAAAGACUUGGAGUUGAAUUUGGCUAAGUCAUUCUUGAGUGAGAUCGGCCAAUGUACAACUGCUUAUCCAUAUAAUCAACUGCUUGGAGAAUUAGUCUUAAAGAAUUAUGAAAGGCAAAAUGCAACUUUACUUAGUUGGAAUUUGAUGUACAGAGUAGAUUAG